CAUUGCCUGCCCUCUCUUCACACCUCAAGUCCUCAUGCUGGUUUCAAGCGCACAGACCCUAAACCAAACAAAUCAGGGAUACAUUUCAUUUUAUUCAUUCUGGAGUUUGGAAAAAGAAAGGAAUAUCGGUGCUGCAGGUGCUCAUGGAGGGGAAUGGGUUUGCAUGAGAAGUUUAUGCAAAAGAUCAGAGGCCUUUUCAAUGACACCAAGAAGAAAUAAAGCCGAGAGUUGGACCUUACAGAGCGUAUUCUGUCACUGAGUGGAGCAGCGUGAGGCUUCUCCGGGCUACCGAGCUGUUGCGACUUAUAUUUAGCUUUGCAAAUGGCGCACUAUGGAUUAUGUCUUGGGGCUCUCCAGUUUCGUCUUCAGUGCAUUUUACUGCGUGAAGGGGGGUCGUGGAUCUCCAAGAAGCUGCUAUUCAGGUGAUGAGCUGAUCUACUGAGAGCAGCUCUCGCUUUCUUUCCAGUUUCACUCCUCUUUCAAAUCUACAACUUGUCUCUGGAAGACAUUUUUGUGGCCGUUCCUUCUCUCAGUUUGACUAAAGAUCUUUUGUUAACCAGAGGUGUUGCUCAGUUGGCGAGAGUCUGGGAGCAGAUACUUGAGCAGAAGACCAGAGCAAGUUGACUUUCACAGGUAACUUCACCAGACUGUUGGAGUUUGGGAUCGAGCUGUCAUGGAUAUACUUGCCUUAAAGGCAAAGGAAACAAAUGGAGCUGAACCUGAGAAGAAGCCUACUCCUAGGCCCAAACCAAAACAGCCCAAAAAGGCUAAAAGGAUUGUUUAUUUUGAGGUGGAGAUCGUGGAUUUGAAGACUAAAGAGAAGCUGCUUCUGCUGGACAAGGUGGAACCAACUGCAACCGUUUUAGAUAUUAAAGCUUUGUUUCACAAAUCAUACCCAAGGUGGUAUCCAGCUAGACAGUCUCUGCGUUUGGACCCAAAGGCCAAGUGUCUGAGGGAUGAGGAAGUUCUCCAAACACUUCCUGUUGGAACCACAGCCAGCUUUUACUUCAGUGACCUCGGACCCCAGCUCACAUGGGGAACAGUGUUCCUAGCUGAAUGUGUCGGCCCGCUGGUUCUUUACCUGAUGUUCUACUUUCGUCUACCUUUCAUCUAUUCUCCAAAAUAUGACUUCACCAGCAGCAAGCACUGGGUUGUACACUUGGCCUGCAUAUGCCACUCCUUCCACUAUGUCAAGAGGAUUCUGGAGACCCUGUUUGUCCAUCGGAUCUCCCACGGGACUAUGCCUCUCAGAAACAUAUUUAAGAACUGUGGCUAUUACUGGUGCGCUGCAGCUUGGAUGGCAUAUUACAUCAACCAUCCGCUCUACACCACACCCUUUUACGGGCAGCAGCAGGUGAACACAGGACUUUACGUCUUCAUAUUCUGUCAAGUUGGAAAUUUUUCAAUCCACGUUGCUUUGCGAAACCUCAAACUACCAGGAUCAAAAGUCAAGAGGAUACCUUACCCAACAAAAAACCCUUUCACAUGGAUAUUUUGGUUGGUGUCAUGUCCAAAUUACACAUAUGAGCUGGGCUCCUGGAUCGGCUUCACAGUGAUGACCCAGUGUGUGCCUGUGGCUUUCUUCACCCUCGUGGCCUUCAUCCAGAUGACUGUGUGGGCCAAAGGCAAACACCGCAGCUACUUAAAGGAGUUCAGAGAUUAUCCAACUCUUCGCUCAUCCAUUCUUCCCUUCAUCCUGUAGAGCCUGUACAAAUAAAUCAGCUGUUCCUAACACCAA